AACCAAUCAUCCAUUGCAGUACAAGUUAUUGGUAUUUCGAAAAAUGCAGGUGAUUUUGGGGAUUUGUGCGCUGUUUGUGGCAACCGAAUCGUUUAAAUUGCCUGACUACAUCAAACCCUGCAGCAGAUCCGCCAAGAAUUUUGAUCAAUGUUGUACUGAGCGCGGAAAUGACGCUUUACCUCAUCUGCUCAAAGGAGACAGUGACCUCAAGCUGCCCAACAUGUUGCCCAUGAAGUUGCCCAAAAUCGAUGUUGAUGCUGGUCCGAAUAUAAAAUUAGGCUUCACCGAUGUGGACGUAUAUGGACUUGACACCGUAAAACUCUCCACUUUCCACGUCAACUUUGACCAAUCAACAGUCUUUAUCGUCGUAAAUGCCCAAAAAGUUACGCUGAUUGGAAAAUACGCAAUCAAUGGCAAAAUCAUGGUGUUGCCCAUAUCAGGAAACGGGCCUGCGAAUAUCACCAUCAAUAACAGCGAAUUUAGGUACACAUUUUCCUUUAAGAAGGAGGAAAAGCACGGGAAGGAAUAUGCGAAAAUUGACGACGAUAAUCUGGAAUGGAAGAUCGAAAGGGCUCAUUUCAAGUUCGAUGACUUAUUCAACGGAAAUCAGCAGAUGAGCGACAACGUGAACACUUUCCUGAACGAAAACGAUCAAGAAGUUUUAAAGGAAAUCGGAGCUGCAGUGAUCGGAGUUGUAAAGUUCGUGGCCAGAACCAUUGGAGCAUCCGUGUUGGGCAGCAGUCCAAUAGAUGAACUGUUUUUAGCUUAAAACGCCUUUAAUACAUAGUUAUUGAAAAUCACCGUCUCUAGUGGAAGUGGAUGUGAGGAGUAAAUCAGUUUUUAUUUA